CGGCGCCCCUCGAAACGUAUAGUUAUAUUUCAAUACCCGGUAAGGCCGACCCUAAUCCAACCCUUGUUCGAGUGAUCAAUCCAAUGAAUUCCCGUAUGCUAACCAUCCUUCUCCCCAUUCUUUUCCUUACUUUUCUUCUACUACUUUUUCUUCUUCUUCUGCUACAUCGACGUACUCGACGUACUCGGUCAUCGGACUUGGACUCAGGUGACAUCCAUAUCAGCAUCCAAUCAUCACCUUCAACCCUUAAUUUAGAGUCCGAGGUGUUUCCAGCAGUUCAUUCCACAAACACCCACAUACAAUCUUCAUCGUCUUCUUCAUCCAGUAGCUCAGAAUUUGACCACGACGUCUUCCUCAGUUUUAGGGGUGACGACACCCGCAAAAGCUUUACGGAUCAUCUGUAUUAUGCUUUGAAUAAGAAAGGAAUCAAUACUUUUCGGGAUGCUGAAAUUCUUAUAAAAGGAGAAGCCAUCAAACAAAGACUCGAGAAAGCAAUUGAAAGAUCAAAGUUUGCAGUGGUCAUUCUUUCAAAACACUACGCUGAUUCAAAGUGGUGUUUGGAUGAACUUGCACAUAUCAUCAAGUGCAAAGAAGAGAAGGAACUGAAAGUCUAUCCGGUCUUUUAUGAUGUCGAACCAUCCGAGGUCAGAAACCAAACUGGAAAGUUUGGUGAUGCGUUUGCUCGUCAUGCUGCGAAUCUCGAGCGCACGAGGAAGUUGGAAAAUUGGAGGUCCGCUUUGAAGAAAAUAGCCGGUCUCGCGGGAUGGGAUUUGUGCGGAAGGUAAACUAAAUAGGCGGCUCCCUUCCUCAAAUCUUUUAGUGAAGCUACGUAGAACGGAAUCGCUCAUCAGCCUACGAUUCGCGCUUCUGAAGCGGAAACGAAUCGGAAGCGGCCGGAAUCGUCCAGAAUCGCGAUUCCGAGAAAAGUAUGUUUGGGUGUGCGUUGGAAUCGUACGAUUCCAAUUGAGAAGCGCGGUGGUGAAGUUAAUCAUGGAAUCGCGAGGGAGAAUUCUGGAGACCCAGAUCGAAAUUCGACUUCCAUUCGUGAAUUGAUCCAAAAUAGACGCAUUUAUCUUUGCCUGGGUUUCAUUUGAAACCAAGCGGGCGGAGUCGUGGCUAUUGCAGUGAUCGGAUAUUUACUGGGUUUUGGAUUGAGAAAGCAGCAAAUUGUGUAUCAGUGUCAGUGGUACAACGUGAGGAGAAUUAUCAGAAGCAAGCCGAUGAGGAAGAAGAGGAAGAAGAGGAAAGGAAAAGAAUUUGCGAGGAUUAGGCGAGAAGAGGAAGAAGAUGAAUGAUUUGAGAUAGAGAGAAAAUCGAUGUGUCAUUAAGCACGAGCAGACGGAGGAGUCUGUUUCCAACCCAUUGAUAUUGCUAUUCUAUUACGUGGUUUGGUCAAAGUUCACCGCUUUUAACUUAAUUACCAAUUUUAUGAUCAGAUGUUAUACAGUAUAUGCAUAGUUUUCUUCUUCUUUUCUUUUUCUUUUUGUUAUUUGAUUGAUAUGCAUUAGGGC